GCCUAACUGCCUCACCCCUCUCCUGCUAUCUGUACCCCAGAGAUUCUUCUGUCACCUAGCUGAAGACUGUUGUCUAGACUGGCUUGUCACCUGCCACCUGCAUCCUGCCUCCUCAGUUUACUGGAGAAAAGCUCUUGCCCUGUGGCUUCAAGCUGGUAGAGAGGAGUGGAGGGAAUCUCCAGGACCCUUGGAUAAAGGAGGUCCCAAGACUUGCACCCAGGCUUGCUAAGGCCUUGCUCUGAGGGGGCAGGAGAAUGGCUGCCCCUGCUCCCCAGGCCGACGACGGGGCAGGUGCGAGCUGCAGGGGAAAGGAGGCAGAAGAGUCUCUUCCGGCAGCAGGAAGUGAGAUGCGCUGGCAGCUGAGCGAGCAGCUGCGUUGCCUGGAGCUGCAGGGCGAGCUGCGGCGGGAGCUGCUGCAGGAGCUGGCUGAGUUCAUGCGGCGGCGGGCCGAUGUGGAGCUCGAGUACUCCCGCGGCCUGGACAAGCUGGCCGAGCGCUUCUCCGGCCGAGGAGGCCGCCUAGGGGGCAGCAGCCGGGAGCACCAAAGCUUCCGGAAGGAGCCGUCCCUCCUGUCGCCCUUGCACUGCUGGGCCGUGUUGCUGCAGCAGACACGGCAGCAGAGCCGGGAGAGUGCGGCCCUCAGCGAGGUACUGGCCGGGCCCUUGGCCCAGCGCUUAAGUCACAUCGCUGAGGAUGUGGGGCGCAUAGUCAAGAAGAGUAAGGAUUUGGAACAAGAACUGCAGGAGGAGCUCCUGGAGGUGGUGUCAGAGCUUCAGACGGCCAAGAAGACGUACCAGGUGUACCACACAGAGAGCAUGAAUGCCGAGGCCAAGCUCCGGGAAGCCGAGCGGCAAGAGGAGAAGCGGGCAGGCCGGAGUGCCACCACGGUCGUCGCCACUACCGCCACCGCCGAAGCAGGGCCCCUCCGCAAGAGCUCCCUCAAGAAGGGAGGGCGGCUGGUGGAGAAGCGUCAGGCCAAGUUCUUGGAGCACAAACUGAAGUGCACGAAGGCGCGCAACGAGUACCUGCUCAGCCUGGCCAGUGUCAAUGCUGCUGUCAGCAACUACUACCUGCGUGAUGUGUUGGACCUCAUGGAUGUGCUCCGGAGCUACACAGCUGCUGAGAGCCGUACCCAAGCCUCCCAGAUGCAGGGCCUGGGCAGCCUGGAAGAGGCAGUGGAGGCCCUAGAUCCUCCAGGGGACAAGGCCAAGGUGCUGGAGGUGCAUGCGGUCGCCUUCUGUCCCCCGCUGCGUUUUGACUACCAGCCCCAUGACGGGGAUGAGGUGGCUGAGAUCCAGGUUGAGAUGGAGCUUCGGGAUGAGAUUCUGCCCAGAGCCCAGAAUAUCCAGAGCCGCCUGGACCGACAGACCAUCGAGACAGAGGAGGUGAACAAGACGCUGAAGGCCACACUGCAGGCCCUGCUGGAGGUGGUGGCGUCGGAAGAUGGGGAUGUGCUUGACUCCUUCCAGGCCAGCCCCUCCACUGAGUCCCUCAAGUCCACCAGCUCAGAUCCGGGUGCUCGGCAGGCCAGCCGGAGACGGGGCCAGCAGCAGGAGACUGAGACCUUCUACAUCACGAAGCUGCAGGAGUACCUGAGUGGACGGAGCAUCCUUGCCAAGCUGCAGGCCAAGCAUGAGAAACUGCAAGAGGCCAUUCAGCGAGGUGACAAGGGAGAGCGAGAGGUGUCUUGGACCCAGUACACACAGAGAAGAUUCCAGAAGAGCCGCCUCCCCCGCCCCACCUCCCAGUAUAACCAGAAACUCUUCGGGGGAGACAUGGAGAAGUUUAUUCAGAGCUCUGGCCAACCCGUGCCCCUGGUGGUGGAGAGCUGUGUUCGCUUCAUUAAUCUCAAUGGCCUGCAGCACGAGGGCAUCUUCCGGGUGUCUGGUGCCCAGCCCCGGGUCUCGGAAAUCCGCGACGCUUUCGAGAGAGGGGAGGACCCACUAGUGGAAGGCUGCACAGCCCACGACCUGGACUCGGUGGCAGGGGUGCUGAAGCUCUACUUCCGGAGCCUGGAUCCCCCGCUCUUCCCCCCGGACCUGUUUGGAGAGCUGCUGGCUUCUGCGGAGCUGGAGGCCGUGGCAGAGCGAGUGGAGCACGUGAGCCGCCUCCUGGCCCGGCUGCCUGGAUCGGUGCUGGUGGUCCUGCGCUACCUCUUCACCUUUCUCAACCACCUGGCCCAGUACAGCGAUGAGAACAUGAUGGACCCCUACAACCUGGCCGUGUGCUUUGGGCCGACGCUGCUACCCGUGCCUGCUGGGCAGGACCCAGUAGCCUUGCAGGGUCGGGUGAACCAGCUGGUGCAGACGCUCAUCGUGCAGCCUGCGCGGGUUUUCCCGCCCCUGAGUCUGCUGCCAGGGCCUGUCUACGAGAAGUGCAUGGCCCCGCCUUCUGCCAGCUGCCUGGGGGACACCCAGCUGGAGGGCCUGGCAGGGGAGAACGAGCCGGAGAUGGAAGCUGGGACCCCAGCCCAGGAGGAUGACCUGGAAGGGGUUGUGGAGGCCGUGGCCUGCUUUGCCUACACUGGCCGCACAGCCCAGGAGCUGACCUUCCAGCGUGGAGAUGUGCUGCGGCUGCACGAGCGGGCCUCGGGGGACUGGUGGCGGGGCGAGCACGCCGGUGCCCGGGGACUCAUCCCACACAAAUAUAUCACGCUGCCCGCGGGAGCAGAGAAGCCUACGGCGGGCCAGGGGCUGCAGGCUUCAGGGGAGCCAGUGAGCAGUCCAGAAGGCCUCCUGGCUGCGGAGUUCAUCCAUCGGCCAGAGCCGUGCACCCUACCCCAGGCCCCUCUGGGCAUACCCGGGGACCCCUCUGGGCACAGACGGCACUACUUGGUCCCAGCCUCCCCAGAGCGACACGUGGAGGUGGAUAAGGCCGUGGCACAGACCAUGGACUCCGUGUUUAAGGAGCUCUUGGGAAAGACCUCUGUCCGUCAGGGCCUCGGGACAGGGUCCACCAACUCCCCCAGCCCCGGGCCCCGUAGCCCGAAGCCUCCAGCCUCCAGCCGCCUCGGCAAGAACAAAGGCUUCUCCCGUGGCCCUGGGGCCCCCGCCUCACCCUCUGCAUCCCAUCCCCAGGGCCUGGACUCACCCCUCAAGCCGCACUGAGGUGCUGCUGGCUCCUUCACAGGCCCUGCCCUACCCUAGGCGGCCACGGGUGAGACCGGCCGCCCUCCCCAGGCCCUUUGCUUCUCCCUGGCCCUGUCCAGCAAGUGCUAAACACCUGCUCUUGACUCUUUGCAGAGAGGACCAUGUGGCUGUCCAAACAUGCCCCGGCCUGCCCCCAGCCCUGGCUUAGGCCCCUUGGGGAGGCAGCUGAGGAAGGAGGCUGGGGAUAAGCCCCUCCCUGGCUUUGCUGUGAGGGCUCUUCAGUGGCUGUUGGGUGGCAGGUGCCCUUGCACAGAUAAGCAGGCCCACCAGUGCCCAGGCCUGUCUCUGCCUCAGCUGAGGGUUCGAGCAUGGUGGGGUUGGCAGGUGUUGGCAGCCAUUCAUAAAGACCUGUGCAUUGA